GUAUCACUGCACUGAAUCAUGGGAAAACACAGGCUGAGCAGCCAGAUUUCCCGUCGAUAGUGUUUAAACAGUUUUGAAAGAAGCUCUUCUUGCACAGAUAUAAAGCAACCAAAGAGAGGAAAAAAGUACAGAUUUCCAGAAGUUCAAAAGACAGAAGUCCUCCCACUCUUCAGCAAUGGGCACCUGGUACCUAUUCACCUUGACAGUGCUGGUCAGCUGUUGUUGCCAUGGUGUCCUAUCCUGUCCAGAUCUGUGCACCUGCUACUUUUCUACCAAUACCACUCAGGUGGUCUGCACCAGCCCCUCCCUUUCACAUUUUCCUGAUAGUGGUCUCCCAGCCAAUACCACUUCCCUGUCCAUUGAGUUCACCAACAUGAGCUCUAUUUCAGCCCAGCACCUGCAGGCCAUACCCCUCCUGCAGGAGCUCCACCUAUCAGGAAACAAGCUGUAUGAGCUGCCAGCUGAUCUGCUGAGUGGCCUUCCCCACCUGCACACCCUGGACCUCACGGGCAACCAGUUGCAGCAGCUGCCUCCAGGCGUGUUCAGCCACGCCCCACUGCUCAACCUGGUGCUCAGAGAUAACAAGCUUUCCACGGCUGAUGCCCACUGGCUCCUGCCUAACAGCAGCCUUACCUGGCUGGACCUGGCAUCAAACCGCCUGAUGGUCCUGCCCACUGCCCUGCUGCAUAACCUGCCCCAGUUGAAAACGCUUCAUCUGAGCAACAACCAGCUGGAGAAAAUCCCUGCUGCCACCCUGCACCCACUUACUCACCUGGAACGACUUCAUCUGGAGGGGAACAAACUGAGCUGGCUGCACCCCUCCUCCUUCCAGCACACCUUAAACCUCACCCACUUGUUCCUCCAGGAGAACAGACUGGAGAAGCUUUCCUCCAACAUUUUUCAGGGUCUCUCUCGCCUUGACGUCCUGAACCUGAGCCAGAACCGCUUGCGCAACCUGCCCCCCGACUUUCUGGAUGACCUGCCUGCACUGGGUGCUAGCAGCGGCCAGGGCCUGGACCUCUCCCUUAACCCCUGGCACUGUGACAGCGACAUGGCCUACUUGUGGACGUGGCUCCGCAGCCACCAAGACAAAACCAUUUUGGAUGAAAUUCAGUGUGCCACACCUGAAGCCCUGAAGGGCAGAGUAAUCUCAUCUUUGACAAAAGAGGAGUGGGGGGCAACCAGCAGAGACUGAAGCAGAUUCUGAACAAUGGUUGAACUCUGCUUCUUCAAAUGUCUCUAGAUCGCUUUGAACUUGUACUACUAUAUGUGCUCUGCAAUGGAUUGGUGACCUGUCCCUGUCACCUAAUGCAUUGUGGGAUAGGCUCCAGGUCCUGUGACCCUGACUAGGAGUAAGUGGAUAAGAUAAUUGAUGUAUUUAAGUAAAUUUAAAAUAAUUGUGCAUCUCUAAUAGCAGUACUGUAAAAUGUAUAGUAACUUUCUAGAUGAAAUUAGCUUGUAAGUUGCUUUAAUACCCAUCUACUUUAAGUAGUAUUAUUACAGUAAACAUAUCAGGAAAUACAGUACUGUGCAAAAGUCAUAGGCACCUGUAAAAAAAAUGCUGUACAGCUAAGAUGCUUUCAAAAAUAAUGAAAUGAAAGGUUAUAAAUAUCAAAAAAUAAUAUGAAGAGCAGUAAAUAGUUAAAGACAAACUAAAAUCAAUGUUUUGUGUGACCACCCUUUACGUUUAAAACUACAUCAAUUCUCUUAGGUACACUGUCCUGCAGUUUUGUAAGAAAAUCGACUGGUAGGUCGUUCCAAGCAUUUUGGAGAACUUGCCACAAUUCUUCUGCAGAUGUUGGCUGUUUAGCUUGCUCCUGGCUCUCCAGGUAAUUCCAGAGACCCUUUUUAUCUGAAAAGUAGUCUAUUACUUAAAAUAUUACU